CGGCCGACGACGACGACGGCGACGCCGCGAAUCGAUGCCAGUGGGCUGCUGCCAUGUUCUGCCCCAGCCGCCUCGGGUCGCCGCGACGCUACCAGCGCGUCCACGACGACGCCGACAGCGACGUCGCCACCAGACUGUGCUCACUGACGCUUACGAGGCUGGUGGUGCUGAAGCCCCUGGGGGCCGACCUCAACUCCAUCAUCAUCGCCGUCAAGAUGCAGAGUUCCAAACGGACGCUGCGUUCCAACGAAAUGCUCCUGCCGCCCAAUGGCCUUCUGGACACGGAACUCGAGCUGAACUUCUCGCUUCAGUACCCACAUUUCCUGAAGCAAGAUGGGAACAAAUUGCACGUUAUGCUGCAGCGGCGGAAACGCUACAAAAACCGGACCAUCUUGGGCUACAAAACUCUAGCAGAGGGCAUCAUCAAUAUGUCGCAGGUUUUGCAACGGCAAAUGGACCUGGAACUCGAUCUAGUGAGUGAAAGUAAGGACAAAUCUGUCCUCAGCAGUAUUGUUGCACGUGUUUCCGUGCAAGCAGUCUGCAGCCAACCUGUUGACCACGAGGAUUCAGCUAAACAUGCAGAGGCACCAGAGCGUGGUGUGGCAGACUUUUCUGAUGAGGAAGAUGACUUCAGUAGUAAUGAAGAUGAUGCAUCAGAUUCUGAACCAACAGCUGAAGAUGCGAUGGCAAGAAGGGCUCGUAAAGCAGCUAGAGCAAAAAUUCCAGCAAAUGCCAGGCAACGUAACUUGAAGCAGAAAUUUAUUGCUCUGUUGAAGAGGUUCAGAGUUACUGAAGACCUUCAAGGCCUUGACAAUGACCAAGUGGAAAUAGGACAGAAGCUACAUGGUGGUGACAUGGAUCCAACAGAGAUUGAGGAUUUAUUCGAAGAACUGGAAGAUCUCAGUGACUCUGGUCCUGAAAUGGACACAAUGAGUAUUUCUUCCACACCAAAACCUUCUCUUCGCCCUUUCUUCUCAAGCAGCCGCUCACUGUUGCAAGACACACUGCACGUUCCAGAAUCUGCCUGUAUCAUCUAUAAUCUGCAAACACUGGCCAACGAGGACUGCUCAUUUGUUGGUAACGUGGCACCUCAUGUAGCCAGUGAGAGAAUAGUUUCAGGUGGCCAACAAGGCUACUCUCGCAUCAGGACCCACGCACAACCACCUUACCGCACAGAGAAAGGGCAGGAUCGCAUGAGUGAUGAAAGUUCCAAGAAAGCAGAUUCAGAUUCACAUCCUGAGAAUUGGACAGAUCAUGAACAAAGUGAUCCACAACAGAUGGCAUCCUCUCCUCCCAAAGGAUCAGAUGAAAAUAAAAAGGAUGGAGCUGAGAGAGAGAGGAAAACACGUUUAUUUGCUCGUGAUCGGAAUUCGUCUGGAGGUAAAAACAAAAAGUCUCUUAGUCUUGAACAACGAUCUGCUACAGCUACUACCCCUAGUCCUGUUCAAGGUGACAGUACUCUUCAUGAGCCACGGAAGCUGUUACUAGAGCAGUUGUCACGUGUUUUACCGCCUGAUGAUACAAUACCAGACACUGUGGCUCUUGUUAAUGGCUGUGAUCCUCAGGGUACCUUGCUUGCUUCCCGUCUUCAGGAACUGCGUCAACAGAAAGUUGUUAGCACGAUGGGACCAGCAGAUGUGCGUGCUACUGUUACAUGCCUCGUCAGCAAAAUUCAAAAGUUCUGUAACAGCAAUGCAAAACCACCUCCUCCUAUUAAAGUUUUGCUUGCUGGUUCUGACAGUUUUGUGAAUUCAGUAUUAAGGCUCUAUGUGGACCAGCUGUCCUUGAAGCCGCCUGACUGGCAGAACUACAUCAAAUUCCUCAUAGUUCCUUUAGGCAACAACACAUUAGCUCGGUAUCUGGGAUCUUUGGAUGCCGUAUAUGCCUCUGCAUUCACAGUGGAUAGCUGGAAGGAACUUUUAGAACAUGCAGAGCUACAAAAGACUGACUGCCAAGAAAUGCUCAAUAGGGUUCAUCGUUAUCUGCAUAAUGCGAGUGCCAUUCUUCAACUGCCAAUUGCUGAAGCGAUGAUAACUUAUAAAGAGAAAAGCUCAGACGAUGAAUCUUCUCAAAUAUUUAUACCUUUCAUCAACGAUGUGCGACUGGGACCAAUGGACGGAACAUCAUCUGCUUCGAUGGACUUGGAUGAAAAUAUGCAGCCACAAGUAGUGUCUGGCUCGCCCCCUUCACUCGCUUCGGUACCUGAAAAGAAAGAGCGCGUCACCCCUCCUAGCUCACCUAACAUCAAUAACUUCUCCAUGGGGCAAUCCAAGGAUCAGCAGCUGUUGCUGCAGACACAGCAACAGCAGCCACAAACCCAGCAACAAACACAGCAACAAUUUCUAGUGCAGCAACAGCAGCAGCAGCAACAACAGCAGCAGCAGCAACAACAACAACAGUUGCAACAGCAGCAGCAACAACAGCAGCAGCAGCAAUCAUCAGUAUUACAACAACUGCCUCAGCAACAACUUCAGCAGACACUUCAGGAACCAAUGGAACUGCAGUUAGAUUUCUGGCUGGGUGCUGUCUUAAGUGGGAAAGCUGCAGAUUUUACACAGCCCCAAGGUAAAGGAAAGGGUGACUCAACAAAAUCAACACUGAAGAUGACGUUUCGUAAUCUUCAAGUUCAGCGACUUCCAUCAGCUGGCGAACAUCCAAACCAGUACUUCAUUAUGAGCUAUUCCACCAAAGAGAAGAAACAAAAAAGCACAAGCAGAGGAACUUCAUAUCAUUUGCCUGGAGAAGACUGCUGGCUGGUUGGGUCAGUGUCACUACUUCUAAUCCAUAUGUCAAUAAUGGGACAAGUUAUGAGACUUGGGAAGAAGAAGGAGAAAGAAAAAGAAAGUGAAGCAAAGAGUCAGAUGGUUGAUGGUGUAUCGAGACUCAUCUGUUCAGCAAAAACGCACAACAUUCCACUGAAAGUAUGUAUUGAUGGUACAGAAUGGUCAGCAGUGAAAUUUUUUCAACUGUCAGCACAGUGGCAAACGCACAUCAAGCAUUUUCCAGUUACUCUGUUUAACUUCCCAGAGCCUGCUCUGUAACAUCACAGACACAAGGGCACAGGCAAUAUUGGUUCCUGUUUGUACCACAUGUUUUGAAUAUAUCACUUGUCUUUUGUGACUAUUAAUGGCAGGCUGUGUGUGUGUGUGUGUGUGUGUGUGUGUGUUACAGAGAGAGAGAGAUAGAGAGAGAGAGAGAGGGGGGGGGGGGGGAUUGCAUGAGCAUUUGCAAUAAUUUUGUGUUUCAUAAGGCUUUCAUUUGCAUAAUUGUGCUGUUUGUAUAAUGAUGGAGAUGAGAGUGUCAGAGUUCAUAUGUAAAUCAUUUAUACACAUCACUAAAACAUUUGUCAUGUGCCAAUCAAAUAUAAUACUAUUCUCAGUAUUUUACAAAGUGACUAAAGAAUAUCAAUGACAAUAUUUCUUUUAUCCACAUUUUUGAGGAAUACAUGGUGUAUCAUAUACAGACUGCUAAUAAUACAUAAGCUAAUACACAUUUUGGUAUAUGUGGUACCAAAACAUAUUAGAACUGUUGUUAUUAUUGCACAUUUGUCUUCAUGUAUUGAUGUUUAUAAACUGAGGCCAAAAAGAUCUGAUGUUAUUAGUUCUUUGGAAAAGUUAAUAUUCAAAGCUGAGUUUCUGUGUUUGAUUUCAGUGUGGUGAUUUGAUCUGUGAAUUGCUAUUAUUUAUUACAAAAACUUUAACUGUGCAAUACUGCAAGCCAGAAUCAUUGGUACACAUUUUUAUAAGGAGCACAGAGUCUGUGCGAAUCUUUACUGUUGUGCACUUUGUCAGCUGAAUCUUCUUACUGUAUGUGUGUGUGCUCUUGAAGAGUUAUCAGUGUGAUGUUGAUAAUUAUGUUGUCAUUAUUUAUCUUCUCCCUUGUAAAUAUUUCAUUUCAUGUGAUUAAGAUUUGUAAAUUGUAAAUAUAAUUGUUGAUACAACUGGUACAAACAGUGGAACAUGAACUAGUCAUGGGAGAAAAUACAAUAAACCUGUGCUUAUUACACAAGUGAACCAACUUGUGUUCAGCAGAAUCAAGACUUGCCAGUUCCUGACAUAACUGUUGUGCAGUGCAGUCAAAUGUUAGGAAAUUAUACUACUGUAUUUAUUACUCUGAUGUGAUUUUUUAUUGUAAAGCUACUUUGUAUUUAAUACACAUGGAUCUGAUUUUGUCGCAAAUAAUUCGUGGUUUGUACAUAAAAACCAAAUAAAUGUACUGAAGUAUUAUGUA